AGGAGUGUGGAAGCCCUGAUGCGCUGGCCAGCGAGAGCUGGGUCGCCAGCCUUGACGCGUGCGCCGUGGCCCUCGGGGCCCGCGCGCGGCGGGCGGGUGCCCGGUGCGUCUGCGCAGUAGGUGGCGGCGGCGGCAGAGGGAGGAGGAGGCCGUGUAGAGGCAGCGGCAGCAGUGGGUCCCGGGACUGAGGCUGCAGCGGGGGCGGCGGCGGGCGGAAGCUGAGGUGACGAAGGCAGCGGCGGCGGCGGCCGUUUUCCUCACGGUGGCGGAGACCAAGGCGGCGGCGGCGGACGGGGAGCGGCCCGGCCCCGGCCCCCUGCUCGUUGGCUGUGGCAGGGCCGCCGUGGGGCCGGCCCGGCUCCCGCCCCCCGCGGCUCCCCCUCCAGCUCCUCCUCCGGGGAGACGCCGGGGACCUGGCCCGGCCCGUACUCAGAGCGCUGCUGCAGCCGCCGCCGGGGGAGUCGGAGGCGGUGGCGGCGCCAUGGGCGGCCUGGCUUCGGGGGGGGAUGUGGAGCCUGGACUGCCCGUCGAGGUGCGCGGCUCCAACGGGGCCUUCUACAAGGGCUUUGUGAAGGAUGUCCAUGAAGACUCUGUCACCAUCUUCUUUGAAAACAACUGGCAGAGUGAGAGACAGAUUCCUUUUGGGGAUGUCCGGCUACCACCUCCAGCUGACUAUAACAAGGAGAUCACAGAAGGGGAUGAAGUGGAGGUUUAUUCUCGAGCCAAUGAGCAAGAGCCUUGUGGCUGGUGGCUGGCCCGGGUGCGGAUGAUGAAGGGAGAUUUCUAUGUUAUUGAAUAUGCUGCCUGCGAUGCCACUUACAAUGAGAUUGUCACCCUGGAACGGCUUCGGCCAGUUAAUCCCAAUCCCCUUGCAACCAAAGGCAGCUUCUUCAAGGUUACCAUGGCUGUGCCUGAGGAUCUGAGAGAGGCCUGCUCCAAUGAAAACGUCCAUAAAGAGUUCAAGAAAGCGUUGGGAGCAAACUGCAUCUUUCUCAACAUCACAAAUAGUGAGCUCUUCAUCCUGUCAACCACGGAAGCCCCUGUGAAGCGAGCAUCCCUGCUGGGUGAUAUGCAUUUUCGAAGCCUGCGCACCAAAUUGCUGCUCAUGUCGCGCAAUGAAGAAGCUACCAAGCACCUCGAGACAAGUAAGCAGCUGGCGGCAGCUUUCCAAGAGGAGUUCACAGUGCGAGAGGACCUGAUGGGACUAGCAAUUGGGACUCAUGGUGCCAACAUCCAGCAGGCCCGAAAAGUACCUGGGGUGACUGCCAUUGAAUUGGGUGAAGAGACCUGCACUUUCCGAAUCUAUGGGGAGACUCCUGAAGCAUGCCGACAGGCCCGGAGCUAUCUUGAGUUUUCUGAGGACUCCGUGCAAGUGCCCAGGAACCUGGUUGGCAAAGUGAUUGGAAAGAACGGGAAAGUGAUCCAGGAGAUUGUGGAUAAAUCUGGUGUGGUGAGGGUUCGAGUUGAAGGUGAUAAUGACAAGAAGAACCCCAGGGAAGAGGGCAUGGUUCCUUUCAUAUUUGUUGGCACCCGAGAAAACAUCAGCAAUGCUCAGGCUCUGCUGGAAUAUCACCUCUCCUACCUGCAGGAGGUGGAGCAGCUCCGCUUGGAGAGGCUGCAGAUUGAUGAGCAGCUUCGGCAGAUUGGGCUGGGCUUUCGGCCUCCUGGAAGUGGGCGGGGCAGCGGCAGCAGUGACAAGGCUGGAUAUACCACUGAUGAGAGCUCCUCCUCUUCCCUUCAUACCACACGAACCUAUGGGGGCAGCUAUGGGGGCCGGGGCCGGGGCCGGAGGACAGGCGGUCCUGCCUAUGGCCCCAACUCAGACCUAUCCACAGCUUCUGAGACGGAGUCAGAGAAGAGGGAGGAGCCCACCCGAGCUGGGCCUGGCGACCGGGAUCCCCCAACCCGGGGGGAAGAAAGCCGGAGGCGUCCUAUAGGAGGCCGGGGUAGGGGACCCCCACCUGCCCCCCGGCCCACCUCAAGAUACAACUCUUCAUCGAUUAGCUCAGUGCUGAAGGACCCAGACAGUAAUCCCUACAGCCUACUGGACACAUCCGAACCAGAGCCCCCAGUUGAUUCAGAGCCGGGGGAACCCCCCCCAGCAAGCGCCAGACGCCGCCGCUCGCGCCGCCGCCGCACAGACGAGGAUAGGACUGUCAUGGACGGAGGCUUGGAAUCCGACGGGCCCGGCAUGACAGAGAAUGGCCUGGAAGAUGAGUCAAGACCCCAGCGUCGUAACCGGAGCCGCCGCCGCCGUAACCGUGGUAACCGGACUGAUGGCUCUAUCAGUGGAGACCGUCAGCCAGUGACUGUGGCUGACUAUAUCUCCCGAGCAAAGUCUCAGAGCCGCCAGCGGCCACCCCUGGAACGCACUAAACCUUCAGAGGAUUCUCUUUCAGGGCAGAAGGAGUGACCUGCCCUGGCCCUUGUUUCCUGUAUCACCACAGCUGGCUUCUCUAGCAUUCCAGAGAUGGUCUACGUCUAGGAAUUUCUGACAUUCCUGAAUUCCCCAGGCCCAGGUACCCUCCUGGUCUAGAGAAAAGCAGCUGGUGCCUUGCUGCUUCUCCCCUCCCCCAGGUUUGCUGGUAGAGGGAGCUAGGCCACUCCUAUACCCUGAGUCACAGCAGGCUAGGUAGGGCUGCUCAGAGCUGGAGCUGUUCCUGCUAAGAGCUGAGAGCCAAGGCAGGCUGCUUAAUCUGAUUACCCGAGGCCUGGGGCUUGGGCUGGGCCUUGGGGAGUGUGGGGAGCAGGGUUCCCUCAAGACAGCCCCUGGAACCUAGGUGUCAAGCCCUCAUUCCUGCUGGUACUCUGCUCUGGAUCCAGGCUUCCUCUGCAGCAUCCAUAUCACUGAUCUCAGCCUUGGUUCUUCCUGGGCUUCCUUGUGCCCUGCCUCCCAGCUCUGAGGUUUAGAGAUAAAACAUGUGGAGAAACCUAGGUUUAGGGGCUACAGUGGUGAGGGUUUAAAUUUUCUCACCUGGCAAGGGGUUGUAUCGCCACCCAAGCACCUGCUGGGAUGACUCAGGAAACAAAAAUGGCCUGCCUGCCUGCCUCCUGACUGCCUGACUUUUCUGCCCCCGGGCUGGUCAGGGGCUUGAGGAGUUGUAGGCACCAGAAAAAGGUUUGGGUUAGUGGGUUGGAUGUUCCCACCUUCUUCCCAGCACAACUCUGACCCUGAGGGCUCUUGAUCCCCCUCUACUUGAUCCCAUUGUGCAAAGAUAUUGACUUUAAAUCGCUGUGCUUAAGAAGGGAGGGGUAGAUGUUCAGGCUAUUGGGGCUGGAAGGCUUGACUUCUGGGUCUUGGGUGGAGAGGGGGUGUGGUCCCCUGGGGGGAGAGUUGGGGGCUGGGAAGAACGGGACACCUGGGUUGGCCUGAGGGAGGGGGAUGUUGGCGCCCUUAAGGAGGCGCGGUCGGCUGGGAGGGAGUGGGGAGGAGUCAGUCGUUAAAAGCUGUUCCCCAGCCUGGCCCACCCACCAGCCACAGACGCUGAGACCUGGUGAGAGAGGGCUGUGGCACCUGGGCUACGCUGCCUGGCAGCUGCGGGACCCCGAUCGCAGAGGUUUACCGCCUUCACCGAAGCCGGGCCCUUGGCGGGCAGCGGGCAGCGGGCAGGGGGCGCCAGACUGGGUCGCCGGGAACCUCGCAGCCACAAGGAAAGAGCACAACCUGUACAGGAGCGGGUACCAGGCAGCGGUUUUUGCGCCGGACUCCCCAGAAGUGCCGGAUUGGUUGAAAGUACGGGCUCCAUUAUAAGGACUCUGAACUUGGGACGGUUUAUAAAGGACACGAGUUUCUCUGUAACGACUCCGGGUUAGAAAGACACUUAGGAUACCGGGUUUGGGGAUCAACGUU